UGGGUUCUCUGUAAGAGUAGAAAGUGCUCUUAACUGAUGAGCCAUCUCUCUGGUCCUCAGAAUAGUUUUUGACCAAAUAUCUGAAUACCUUGUUCCAGCCAAAUUAAUGAAGUUAUAACCAUUAUGUGAAGAAAUUUGCCUCUAUUACAGUUCUUUGUUCUUUUCACGAUCUUCUCUUCUCCCCAGAACAAAGCCUCUGUCUUUCUCACAACUGUCCACUUUCUCCCACAGUUUCCCAUUACCUGCCAGCCUCCCCACCUCUUUUGGGAGACCAAGUCUCACUGUGUAUUCUUGAAUUAGCCUGAAACUCACUAUGCAGACCAGGCCAGCCUCGAACUUGCAGACACCUACCUGCUUCCGCUGGAAUUGAAAGUAUAUGCCAUCACACCAGGCUUCAUUUUCUUUUUAUUCCCCAUUUAUUUUUCUCCCACAAGUGCUCAUUUACUCAGAAAUGUUUUUGUUCUCCCUCUUUUCUAAUUAUCCACUCUUACACAAUGUCCCACUCUACCACACCAUCCCUCAUUAUGGUCUUCAGUUCUUGUGCUUACACAAUUGCAGUUGGAACAUGUUACAAAUGAGGCAGGGCUCUCAGGGCCAGGAUGAGUUUGAUCAAAUGCUCUGUUGUGAUGUCUUCUUUUCUCUGUGUUCUUUUGAGGACAACGUUUUGACUAUUUUCACCAUCUUCAAGCCAGAAAUGGAAUAGGAGGCAAGAAAGAAUUGAUAUGCAAUCAUAAUGCCUUUAUUAUUAGAUAUCAGAAGUACAGCCAGCAGCAAAUCAUACAGCUAUGAGGGCAGAAACUGUGUUUUUGUGUACAUUUGAAAAGGUUUUUAGGCUCCCUUGAGGUGUUUGGCCACUGCUGGAAAGUCCAAGCUAAAGAUGCCGGCGAUGAAUCACCUGAGGGUGAUUCUGCGAGCGUCUCCCUGUACAUUGCUGUGGAGAAGGUUCCAGGUUCCGAGGUCUAUGCCAGUGAGGUCCUGCAGUCUUUACACCUGCACUUACCGAACCCGGAACCGAGCCUUACCUCCACUCUGGGAGAACUUGGACCUUGUUCCUGCGGGUGAUCGGCAGUCACCCAUCAACAUCCGAUGGAGGGACAGUGUUUAUGACCCUGGCUUAAAACCACUCACUCUCUCUUAUGACCCGGCCACCUGCCUCCACAUCUGGAAUAAUGGGUACUCUUUCCUCGUGGAAUUUGAAGAUUCUACAGAUAAAUCAGUGAUUGAGGGAGGACCCCUGGAACACAACUACCGACUGAAGCAGUUUCAUUUUCACUGGGGGGCCAUUGAUGCCUGGGGUUCCGAGCACACUGUGGACAGCAAAUGCUACCCAGCGGAGCUGCACUUGGUACAUUGGAAUGCAGUCAAAUUUGAAAGCUUUGAGGAUGCAGCACUGGAAGAAAAUGGUUUGGCUGUGAUAGGUGUAUUUUUAAAGCUAGGUAAACAUCAUAAAGAACUACAGAAACUGGUGGACACUUUGCCAUCAAUUAAGCACAAGGACACCCUGGUGGAAUUUGGAUCUUUUGACCCUUCCUGUCUGAUGCCUACUUGCCCAGAUUAUUGGACCUACUCCGGGUCUCUCACUACACCACCCCUCUCAGAGUCCGUUACCUGGAUCAUUAAGAAGCAGCCAGUAGAGGUUGAUCGUGAUCAGCUUGAGCAGUUUCGGACCCUGCUUGUCACUUCUGAGGGGGAGAAAGAGAAAAGAAUGGUGGACAACUUCCGCCCACUUCAGCCACUGAUGAACCGUACUGUCCGCUCAUCCUUCCGCCAUGAUUAUGUGCUCAAUAUACAAGCGAAACCCAAGCCAGCAGCCAGCCAAGUCACCCCCUAAGAUGUUCAUACUUAGGCAGCAUCUUUCUUUAAAGCGUAUUAGCUUAAAAUCUUAACUAGAUUAAUUUAAAAUGCUGCACUUAAUACUUACGUUUAUACAUUUAUGUUUUUUUUUCCCCUUCCUUUGUUGUAACAACAUUUCAAAACUCCUAUCCUUGUAAAGCAAAGACAGGACGACAAAACAAUAAAAACAAAAACCUAUAACCAAAUAAUAUCAGGUUACCUUAGGUUACCUUUUUUUGUGUGUGUGACAGGAUUAAGGCAGAGGAAUAUUUGUUACAAGGCCAGUUGAAAUGGCCUGUUUGGGAUUUUGAUGUUAAAUUUGUCUAAUUUCUGUUUCUCAGAAAGUCGGAUAAACAGUUUAGUUUCUACUUGGUAAAAAUGGAAGUUUAAUGUGAGUGACCCAUCUUGAUUUUUCUGUUCAGGCCUAAUACAGGAGGUUAACCCACAGCAAGAGG